AUGCCCAAGGCUACAGGCUCCAUCAGGCUCACGGCCAACUCCCACGGCGGCCAGGAGCCCUGGCAGUGCAACUCGGUAGGUCCAUGCGAGCGCCGGAUCACGCAUCUCCCCACGAGGCGCCGCCGAGUCCAGCUCUUGGCCCCUCGGCCCUGCCACAGUGUCUCGUCCUUGGCCCCGGCCUGCCCGGUCUCUUCCGGUGGCAUCCCCGUGCAUCCUGGCGGGCUGGCCACGGCGGCCUGCAGUAGGCGAGGCCGCCAACGCGAUGGCCGCGAUAUCCGGGACGCGAGCUCCAUUCGGCUCCGUCUGGAAGGCCCCGUCCGUGUGGUUGGAGACGAAGCCUCUGAGUUGAAUCCCAGCCCGUUGCAGCCGGUCCGCCCCGAGGGCGGCACGGUAGGCCCAGCUGCAGUCCCCAUGGCUGCUCGCUUCGAAAAUUGGGAUGAACUGUCUCAUGCCCUCUCUGAGCACUCGUCGUCGACUAUACGCUCCGGGUUCCGAAGGUCGCAUUGGGGCCUGGGCGUUCCCAAGGUUGAGGAACGGUCUAGCAAGACGAGGACUCCCUCUUUCCAGCAUAAAAAGAGACGUUGGUGUCGCAGUCUAUCAAUCCCCCAUGUCGCCGAGUCGGUUCCGGACGCGGCGGCCCAGCGGUCGCUUGAUCUCGAGCCCGGGGAACGGUGUGCAUGUCUGCCCACACCCAACAGCCUACCCCCACUUGCAGACGAACCCUUUCUCGUCCUGCAACCCACAUCCCGCCCCUCCAUCGCGACAUCGCCAGCGACAGAGUUGACGCUCGGGGCCGCCACCUCUGUCCUCCUAUCGUUCCUCCUCCCGGAUCCGCUAACCAGAUGUAGCACCACCUGGUCGCUGCCUACUGGUGGAAUUGCGUCGAGUGCUCUCGCCAUCCCGCCUCGUCUCGCUGCAGCUUCGGGAUGCUACCGCUACCUUCUUGGCGGUGCGUCGCAGCGACCCCGGCACCUCGUCACGCCAGAGCUGCUUGGGAGGGGGGCGAAGGAGAUCAGGCCGAUGACGGCCGGCCCUCUGUCCCACCUGGAUCAUCCACGGACGCCCAAAGGCCGCGUCUCCUCGCUGGGUGGUGCCCAGCCGGAAGGAAAAGACACGAUGUGAUAUCGUGAUUUGUGUCUGACGUGCCAGCGAUGGCCGCCCCGUCUCUUCCCUUUCCUAUUGGCGAUAACACCAAAGAUUGGCCAACUUGCUGAUAUCAUCGGACCGAGGAACCGUUAAGGCACAUCCCAACUGCAUGUCAUCGGCAUGCAUGCCGGUGGCCACCGCCGUUUUUCUUACUCAUCUCAGCCCGGCGCCCAAAUCUACAUGGCGUCCGGUCACGGUCACGGAAAGUUCGACAGAUGAGAGAGAGAGCGCGAACACGUAGAACAAUUCCGCCAUCACACCCACGCCUAUUCGCCACAGACAUGGGCGAUAUCUAAUGGGUGCACGACCGUCUCCCGUCUCGCUGGAGGCUAUGUACUGCGGAGCACCCGGGCGAUGCCCAAGUCAGCGCCACGGGCUUCUCCCGAAAAAAAAAAAAGGUUGUUACACUACGUUCAAAGAAGCGGCUGUUCAGAUAGGGUCAGACUCCCACUCGAUAGGCGGGAAAGACGGGGAUAUCGCGGCUAGAAACAAACACUCCUAAGCGGAUCGAGAAACAACCAACCUCUAGGGCUACUUCCAGACUGUUCAGGCAAAGGCAGUGGUGGCCAUGCCGCCCACGCCUCUACUGUCCGGCGGGUUUCUCUUUGCAUGAUCUCCGAUAUUGGAUUUUUGCUUCCUACCCGCCCCGGCUCCGGCGCGGCCGAAUGCCACAUCUGGAAGACGCCCACGGAGAAACAUGCCAGCUAGGAGGGGG